GAAUGUCUCUAUAGCUAGUCAUGUCACAUCAUGGCGGAAGAUCGUCCCAUGGUCAUGGAAAACUAGGAAAACAAGAUCCCGAGAAGGGAAAUGUGGAAGUAGGAGAAGGUGAAGAAGAAGAGGAAGAUCCCUUUGAUACUAGGAUAAAAAACUCAGGAUGUUCGGACCUUCACUUUGCUCUGAUGGAUUGUAUGGAUGAAUAUAAAGACUGGAGAAAGUGCCAAGACCAUGUAAAAGCUUUCAAGGCGUGCAUUGAUAAGCAGAACAAACAGAAGAAGCCUUAGUUGGUGAAGGGUAUGAGCUGAUAACAGAUCUAGAUCCCAAAAACCUCUAAGCAACGACUCUGACUCUUAAGAGAUUACAUUGAUGAAGAAUUUGUGAAAAUGUCUCAACCAAGAGGAGUGCCCUAGAAUUCGUGGGAACACUUGAUAUUGGAUAAAGAAAAUGCUUUCUUGCUUACACAGUAAAACUACCAUAGAUAGAAAUUCUUUAUGAAUUAU